GACCUUUCUCUUUCAAACAAGUCACAGAAACAAAAGUAAUUAGCAGAAUACGAGUAUUCGGUCAUUGAAUCUGUUUUCUUUGGAGUUACACAAAGCAAUAUAAGAUGAUCCAAAAAGCUUUAUGGAGAGAAAUGGGUUUUGGCUAUGUUGAUCUUACUCUUCGAUUAAGCUUACCUGGAACUCAUCACAAUAAUAUCCAAUAUGAUUUUCACCAGCCACAACCACAACCACAAGUACCAAAACCAAAACCAGACUAUGUCCCCUUCUUUAUUAGUUUUUUUCCUAGUAAUAAUACUACUGAUGUUGCUCCUGCUCCUGCUCCUACUCUUGCUCAUGGUGUUAGCAUUGGCAAUGUUGGUGCCAAUGCUAGUAUUCCUAUUACUAGCGGUGUUGGCUCUGGCAUUGACUUUGUUUUUGGUAUUGGUGACGGUGAUGGUAAAGGUAGUGCUACUAUUGUUAGUGCUAAUUCUGCUUCUACUGGUGUCGUCGAUGCUGAUAGUGGUGCUGCUAACGCUACUAGUCCUGGAGUAGUCGUACAAGAGUUGAACAACGAUACUAUUACUCGAAGGAACUAUAGAAAACGCGGUCUUGAUAUAGAGGAGCAGGUUGAUGAGGAAGAUCGUGAUGCUAAUCGCACGAGGUGCUCCAACCGUAACUGCGGUACUCACUCUACUCCCAUGUGGCGCAGAGGUCCUCUUGGCCCCAAGACUCUGUGUAAUGCUUGUGGAAUCAAGUUUCGGAAGCUAGAAGAGAGAAAAGCAGAAGGUGGUGACAGUGAUUAAUUAAGUAUCAGAGCUUCAAUAAUUUUAAUUAUGGAAUAAGAAGAGAUUAGAGCUUAAUUAUGAAUUCAUUAUAAUUGUGCUCAAACUAUCUUUAAUUUUAAUUUGUUAUGGUUAAAGUAAUUUUCUUAUUUUUAUUUUAUAUUUUCCAAACUACAAAUAAUUUGACAUUGUUGUUGUUGAGUUUGUCUUAAUUGUUAAUGCAAUGUUGAAAAUUUUUAUUUUUAUGAUUAUGUUUUAUCAAAUUUUUAGAGAGGGGUUAAUUUUAUUUAUUAAUAAAAUUUCAAUGUUCUAUAAAUAUUUAUUUUUGAAAAAUAAAUAAAAAUAAGAGGGACUUCAACCUUUUGCUAGGGCCCGUUUGGCAAAACUUUUGGAAAAGCUAAAAGCUGCUUUUUAAAAAAACUGUGAUAAAAAUGUGUUUGGUAAGCAGUCAAAAAAUAGUUUUUUAAAAUUUUUUGGAGAAGGUACAGCUAAAAGCUAAAGCUGCUCCAACCCAAUUUUUAAAAAAUGAUAUUUUGAUUAAAAGACUAUAAUA